AUGAUCAACACUGUCAAGGUGGCUCGCAGCUCGGGCAUUACCGAGCCAGCCGGUGGGUCUAUCAGAACACAAGAUUUCCGAGGGCAGAAAUGGGCUUUCGAGGCUUUCUCCCACGGGGAAACCAGCCAGUUACACACGAGGGACCCUAACCUUUUCAGCUUUUCAUCUCCGCAUUCUGUCUUGGCUAUCACGUGA